AUGGUUUCUGUUCUUUUGCCUAAUAGCGACAGAAUCAAUGACGAGCCGCACUCAGAAUUUUUCGACACUUGGUCUGCCGGUGGUGGUGCCACCACCAUCGAACCCAUCAUUCAUGAUGGUGGCUCAUCCGAUUGUUCCAAUGAUAACCAGCAGCAACACCAGCAACACCAACAAUUGUCCAGAGAAGCAAAACUACAAUACAUCAUGUCCAACAUCAACAGGUUCGCCCCCAUCGCCAAGUUCAACGUCAUUAACUCUCCUGGGAGCUUCCAACUUAAAAUAUCCAAAACCAUGAACUGUUCACUUUUGGAAACCGCCACCAAAUUCCACAAAUUGAUUUCUAGCCACUCUUCUAACAAAGUUGAAUCAUCAUCUUGUUCCGUCUCCGAGCUUUACAACAUGCUUGGCUUCACCUUCCAAGAUUAUAAAGUCAAAUUAAUCAAUAAUGGCAACUCCAAAGUCUCGUCAAACAUGAAGAACUAUCAAUUGUUUGUGUACUCCGCCGCAGAUUCCAUCUCCAAAAUUGUCAACUUUCAAUGUGAAGAUUGUUAUAGUAUUGACAAAUUUAUCAUCGAUAAGAAAACUUUUAGACAAGGCAAACUUAAUUUGGAACUGUUGGAUUUAUCUAUCAUCAUUCCCAAAGUCAUGAACGAUGGUGGUAUCAAGAGAAAUGUUUCCAGAACAAUCAAUCAAGGGAAAAUCACUAAACCAACUGCUCGCAUUAAUAAGAAUAAUAAUAAUAAUAAUAAUAAUAAUAAUAAUAAUAAUAAUAGAGGCACCAACUCGCAAAGAUUAUUAGCGAUAAUGAAAUGCUUAAACUCUGGGACUCAAGGAAUCAAAUUGGAAGAAUCCUGUGAUGACAUAUUUAAAGAGGAAGAUAUCAUGCAUGGUAAUUGA